GCGCGGCGGCGGCAGCAGCAUCGGCAGCCAAGCGGAGGUCGCGGAGCUUCAAGCCGAGCCCUUUCCGGGGAGGCGGCAGGAACGGUGCCGCCCCCUCCCCGUUUUCCUCCUCUGCGCCCGGGGAGCGGCUGGCCCUGGGUAGCCCUGAGGGUCGCUCCUUCGCCUUGGCAGCGAAGCCGCUUUUGCCCGGUCCUCCGCAGAGGAGAGUCGCGCCUCACCUGGAGCCCCCCCUUUCCCUUCCCUUCCCUUCCCUUUCUCGGUUUCCCUCGCUUGUUCCACCGCGCGGCCUGGCUGUGCGGCCGCUGCCCCCUCUUCCCUCCCUCCGGUGCGUGUGCACGCGUGUCAGUGUGAAUGCGUGACGCUUCCUCCGCUGGGCUCUUUCCUUCCUUCGGGAGGGCCGAAGCUGUCGCUGCCGCCGGAGACUUGGCGCCAAGUUCCCCAGAGAGUUUUCCUGGGAAGAGGCGGAGAGGCGGGUCCGGGCGGCCGGGAACCGAACUGGAGUGAACUCCCCGGGGCUCUUGGCGUGUCUUGGGGCGGCGGCGGCGGCGGCGGCGGCGGAGGAGUGCCGGGCGCGGAAUGGGCCUCUAGGCUUUCUGGGCGAACAAUGGCCUUCCAGAGGGGCGCCGGGAACUCCCCGCGCCUGGCCGCUUUUCCCGGGGCUCCCAAGUCAGGCGUGCCUCUCCGCCCAGGCGGUCUGGGCUCGUGGUAGGGCUCGGCAUCCCGCGAGUUGAGGGGCGGCCGGGGCUUUUCUCCCACCAGGCGCCCGCCGGGCUUUCUGUGCGGCUUCUGCCUGUUGGAGGCGGGGAAGCGCCCCGGGUGGAAGCAGCGACGAUACAGGUUGUCCUGGAGCCGCUUGGCUGCGUCUCCCGGGGAAGCCGCGUGGCCCGUCCUCUUUUUUUCCCUCCGCCUGCUUUCUUGGAUGUGAUGGAACUCAUGUUCGCCGAGUGGGAAGACGGGGAAAGGUUUUCCUUCGAGGACUCGGACCGCUUUGAGGAAGACUCGCUUUGCUCCUUCAUCUCUGAGGCGGAGAGCCUGUGCCAGAACUGGAGAGGAUGGCGGAAACAGUCAGCCGGACCCAACUCCCCCACGGUCAAAAUGAAAGAUGGGUCCGUGAUCCCCUUGGUGGAACUGUCAGCAAAGCAGGUGGCAUUUCACAUUCCAUUUGAAGUAGUGGAAAAAGUCUACCCACCUGUGCCGGAGCAACUGCAGCUUCGCAUUGCCUUUUGGAGCUUUCCAGAGAAUGAAGAAGACAUCAGGCUAUAUUCAUGCUUGGCAAAUGGCAGUGCAGAUGAGUUCCAACGAGGCGAGCAACUCUUCCGAAUGAGGGCUGUUAAAGACCCAUUGCAGAUAGGUUUCCACCUGAGUGCCACAGUGGUACCUCCACAGAUAGUGCCACCAAAAGGAGCCUACAACGUGGCAGUAAUGUUUGACAGAUGCAGGAUUACCUCAUGCAGCUGUACAUGUGGAGCUGGGGCCAAAUGGUGUGCCCACGUGGUAGCCCUUUGUCUCUUUCGGAUACACAAUGCAUCUGCAGUUUGCUUGAGAGCGCCUGUCUCUGAGUCCCUAUCUCGAUUACAAAGAGAUCAGCUGCAGAAAUUUGCACAGUACCUCAUCAGUGAACUCCCUCAACAGAUACUUCCAACUGCUCAGCGUCUACUUGAUGAGUUGCUAUCCUCUCAGUCCACUGCCAUCAACACUGUAUGUGGAGCCCCAGAUCCUACUGCUGGCCCAUCUGCCUCUGAUCAAAGCACCUGGUACUUGGAUGAAUCUACAUUAAGUGACAACAUAAAGAAAACUCUUCACAAAUUUUGUGGUCCCUCUCCUGUUGUAUUUAGUGAUGUGAAUUCCAUGUACCUGUCCUCCACGGAACCCCCAGCUGCUGCUGAGUGGGCCUGUCUGUUACGCCCCCUGAGAGGGAGAGAACCUGAAGGCAUAUGGAACCUGCUUUCAAUUGUACGUGAGAUGUUUAAGAGACGGGAUACCAAUGCAGCUCCUCUUCUGGAGAUCCUGACAGACCAGUGUCUAACAUACGAACAGAUAACUGGCUGGUGGUAUAGUGUAAGGACAUCUGCAUCUCAUAGUAGUGCAAGUGGGCACACUGGCCGGGGCAAUGGCCAGUCAGAAGUUGCUGCUCAUGCUUGUGCAAGUAUGUGUGAUGAGAUGGUGGUUCUUUGGAGACUUGCUGUUUUGGAUCCAACCAUUAGCCCUCAUCGGCGAAGGGACUUGUGCACGCAGCUAAGGCAGUGGCAGUUGAAGGUAAUAGAAAAUGUCAAAAGAGGGCAGCAUAAGAAGUCUCUUGAGAAGUUAUUCCAUGGAUUCAAACCAGCUGUGGAAGCUUGCUACUUCAAUUGGGAGGAGGCAUAUCCUAUUCCAGGCAUCACCUAUAGCAGUGCUGACAAAAAGAACUCCUUUUGUUGGGUUAAGGCCAUCCAGCAGAGGAACUGCAGGCCACCGUGUAUAGAAAAUUUUUCUGAUGCAGGGAGAGGCCAUGGGACAGAUGCUAUGGGGACAUGUUUGCAGCUAGGAGACAGGUCACGACUUGUCUCUCAGGAGCCAGCUGUGCGCCCCAAAGAACUUAUUGGGAAACGGAAAGUUGUGUCUGAAGGCCCCCAGCGGGUUCUGAGAAGACUUUCAGCAGAAGGCGAUAAAGCUUCAUAUAAAACAACUGCGAACAAGGGCAAGCUUCCGGUGGGAAAGAACUUGGCCAGCAAACAUGGUGGGAAGCGUCGUAUGAGUAGCGAGGACAGUUCUUUGGAGCCGGACUUGGCUGAAUUGACUUUAGAUGACAGCAGUUUGGCUCUUGGAGCAGAGGCGAGCAAUACAUUCAGCUUCACAGACAGCCCGUUGAGCAGAAGCUACAGAGAUACUUUUGAGGAUGAUGGUGGAGUGUAUUUCUCUGAGGCAACCGAGCCUACCCUCAGAAGCAGUCCUUCCACAAAGAAACUUUCAAAGGAACCCGUGGAGGAAGUGGGCAGUGGAGAUGAUGACCUCCAUGGCCCUGAUGAAAGUAGUGCUGGGGUAUGUUCAAAGCCAAAAGAGGUGGAGGAAAAUGGCGCUGCUGGAGGAGAAGAGGAAGAAGAUGAUUAUCAAGUGUAUUAUUUAAAUCCCCAGGAGGUGGCUAAGGAAGAAGACGAGAAAGCAGAGGGUGGGAUUGAAGAGGAACAAGACAUGUUUGCUGGAAUAAAACCGUUGGAGCAAGAAAACCGAAUGGAGAUCCUGUUUGCCUGCGCAGAGGCUCUUCAUGCACAUGGCUAUAGCAGUGAAGCUUGUCGUCUCACUGUUGAACUUGCAAAAGACUUACUGGCUAACCCUCCGGAUCUCAAAGUGGAGCAACCCCCAACCAAGGGAAAGAAAAACAAAGUAUCUACCAGCAAACAGACUUGGAUGGCAACAAACACUUUAUCCAAAGCCGCUUUUCUGCUGACUGUACUGAGUGAGCGGCAGGAAUAUCACAAUCUGGCUUUCCAGAUUGGCAUGUUUGCUCUGGAGUUACAGAGGCCGCCAGCAUCUACCAAGGCCCUGGAGGUCAAGCUGGCAUACCAGGAAUCUGAGAUCGUGGCCUUGUUGAAGAAGAUCCCACUUGGCUCUAGCGAGAUGAAUACUAUUCGGGGGAGGGCUGAAGAGCUGAGGGAAGGAACACUGUGUGAUUACCGCCCUGUCCUGCCUCUCAUGCUAGCUAGCUUCAUAUUUGAUGUCUUAUGUGCUCCAGUGGUUUCUCCUACAGGAUCAAGACCCCCAAGCCGUAAUUGGAACAAUGAAAUGCCUGGAGAUGAAGAACUUGGCUUUGAGGCAGCCGUGGCAGCACUUGGCAUGAAGACAACAGUGAGUGAAGCAGAGCACCCUCUUCUGUGUGAAGGUACUCGAAGAGAGAAAGGAGAUCUAGCCUUAGCCCUGAUGAUCACUUACAAGGAUGAUCAGUCUAAACUCAAAAAAAUCCUGGAUAAGCUGCUGGACAGGGAAAGUCAGACACACAAACCUCAAACUCUGAGUUCAUUCUACUCAUCUAGCAAGCCUACAGUAGCUAAUCAGAAAUCUCCUUCCAAACACACUACCCAAUCAACUGCACCCAUGCAGCAUCUCCCAGGAACAUCUGUUGCACAGCAGACAGGUGUACCGCCAGCAGUCCAAAGCAAUCCUUCUGAACCCUUUAUGGAGAAGACUACCCAAGAGAACCCUCAGAGAUCCCCUUGCGACCCACCUGUUGAGUCCAGUAUCCUAAAGCAAGAAGGGAAAGUUCCUAGCCGAAUAGCUCUUGGAAGUAGAGGGGGCUACAAUGGAAGAUGCUGGGGUUCACCAGUCAGACAGAAAAAGAAGCACACAGGAAUGGCGAGCAUUGACAGCAGUGCCCCAGAAACCACCUCUGACAGUUCUCCCACCCUCAGUCGACGCCCCCUGCGAGGGGGUUGGGCAACUACCUCCUGGGGCCGGGGGCAGGACAGUGACAGCAUCAGUAGUUCUUCCAGUGAUUCCUUGGGUUCCUCUUCUUCCAGUGGAAGCCGGAGGGCCAGCGGAGGGGCACGUGCAAAGACUGUGGAGGUUGGGAGGUAUAAGGGCAGGCGACCGGAGAGCCAUGCCCCCCAUGUCCCAAAUCAGCCCUCGGAGGCAGCUGCUCACUUCUAUUUUGAGUUGGCCAAGACAGUUCUAAUUAAGGCUGGGGGAAACAGCAGCACCUCCAUUUUCACCCAUCCGUCUUCUAGUGGUGGCCACCAAGGGCCUCAUCGCAACCUUCACCUCUGCGCCUUUGAGAUUGGACUCUAUGCAUUGGGACUGCACAACUUUGUCUCGCCAAAUUGGCUCUCUCGGACUUACUCCUCUCAUGUCUCUUGGAUCACAGGGCAAGCCAUGGAGAUUGGCAGUGCAGCCUUGAAUAUCUUGGUGGAAUGCUGGGAUGGACACCUAACUCCCCCAGAAGUGGCAUCGUUGGCUGACAGAGCUUCAAGAGCUCGGGAUUCCAAUAUGGUGCGAUCGGCUGCUGAGUUGGCAUUGAGUUGUUUGCCACAUGCACAUGCCUUGAACCCCAAUGAAAUCCAGAGAGCCCUGGUCCAGUGCAAAGAGCAGGAUAAUCUAAUGUUGGAGAAGGCUUGCUUGGCUGUAGAAGAGGCGGCCAAAGGCGGCGGAGUUUAUCCUGAAGUUCUGUUUGAGGUUGCUCACCAGUGGUACUGGUUGUAUGAGCAAACAGUUGGGGGAACUCUUGCCCAGAGGGAAGGAGCAACAGGCUGCAGUGCAAACGGAGCCCGGGCGUCAUGCGAAACAGUCCGUGGACUACCAGACGCCAGAGUGACAUCAGAAUCUGCUACAGUAACGGUGGCUGCUGCGGUGACGGCAGCAGCAACAGUAGUGCCUGUGAUCUCAGUGGGGUCAACCAUAUACCAGCAGCACACUGUGGCAGGACCAGCAAUGGCACACGCACACACCCAGGGCCUGCAUCCCUACACGACACUCCAGACCCACAUUCCUUGCAAUCCUCAAUACAUCGGCCAUCCUCUUCAGCACAUGCCACGGCCAGCAGUCUUCCCAGUGCCUGGGUCUGCUUAUCCACAGGGUGUCCACCCAGCAUUCAUCGGGGCCCAGUACCCCUACUCGGUAACCACUCCGUCUUUGGCAGCAACUGCAGUGUCCUUCCCAGGAGUCCCCGUCCCUUCCAUGACACAGAUUGCUAUGCACCCCUACCAUGCUGAGACAGGGCUCUCACUGUCUUCCAAUGUAGCAAUAGGAAGUGUUCACGCAGGGUCUACUUUCCCAGCAAUUCAAGGGACUUCCUUAACAAGCUUGUCUUCUCAGCCCAGUUCCCUUGUGACAGGGGGCUUCCCUUCGGAAGAUGAACAACACAGCCAACCGGUCAGUCCUCAAGGAUUGCACUACCUUCAUUCUGCCUACCGAGUUGGGAUGCUGGCACUGGAGAUGCUUGGUCGCAGGGCUCACAAUGACCACCCCAAUAACUUCUCACGCAGCCCCCCCUACACAGAAGAUGUGAAGUGGCUUCUCGGACUAGCGGCCAAAUUAGGUGUGAACUACGUACAUCAGUUUUGUGUUGGUGCAGCCAAGGGAGUCCUGAGUCCUUUUGUGCUGCAAGAGAUCAUCAUGGAGUCCCUGCAGAGACUUAAUCCUGCCCAUGUCCACAACCACUUGCGCACACCUGCCUUUCAUCAGUUGGUGCAGAGGUGCCAGCAGGCGUAUAUUCAGUACAUCCAUCAUCGUCUGAUCCAUCUCACUCCAGCGGACUACGAUGACUUUGUGAAUGCCAUUCGCAGCGCCCGAAGCGCCUUCUGCCUGACUCCUAUGGGCAUGAUGCAGUUCAAUGACAUCCUUCAGAAUCUGAAACGCAGCAAACAGACCAAGGAUCUGUGGCAACGGGUCUCUCUGGAAAUGACUACCUUUUCACCCUGAUGCCCCAUCUUGCAUCCUUCCUUAUGGGAUCUUUUUAAUUUUAGCUAUUGGAAACCACUGAUUCAAUGUAUUUCUACCAUGACAUUCCUCAUCCAUGUGGCUGUGGCUGUGUUCUACUUCCCUUUCUCUCCUCCCCAGCAAGUGAAGGCAAGGAAACUGUGUGCAUGUGUGUGUGGGUGCGUGCGUGUGUGGGUGUGGGUGAGAGAGGGGGGGGAGCUGGUUGAUCAUUGGUCAACAGUUUUAGUCUUUUUCCUGUAUAGGGAUGUCUUUAUAAAUGAACAUCAUUUCUGCCUUUCUCUCUCUCUUACUGGGUGUGUAUGCAUGCAUGUUAGGGGUAGGAUCAAGCCUGUUUCUUUAUAAUAUUUAUUUUGGCAUUUAUAAAUAUGUAUACUACUUUCUAUAUGGUUCUUAAAAUUUCAGCCGUUACCGGGCCAGGAGAAACAGAGUUUGUUUCUGCUCAUCCAGGUUUUCUCCAACACUGUUCCUUCCUUCUUCCUGCCACAGCAGGUCCCUCAUCCAGUACAGCUUACCUGUUUGGAUGGGCAAAGACACCACUGGAAGCAUCUGGCCUCAGCAAGUACAGAACUGGCUGGUACGAUUUCUUUGCUCUUAGAUAGUGAUCUGAGGGCCUCCUCAUCAGACGACAUAGGAUAUUCUACCCCAAAUGGCUCCAAGUUGUACAGUCAUGUUCCUUUGGAUGAGAUGUUAGCUCUCCUGUAAUCAGUUUCUUACUCCUUGUUUCAGUUUCCCGAUUAAAGCCCUCAUUUUCUUAGACUGACUCUUCUCCAUAUUUCUGUUUAUCAUGCUGACAUCAUAAAACAAAGAACUAAGAGUGCCUUAGAGUAGGAAGUUCUAACCUAUUUUUGCAAAGGACUGAAAAAGUACCGAAACCUGGUCUUGUCCCAACGACCUUUGAACCACACAACCUCUCGCCACAAAGUAAUAAGGAAACUUGGUCUUAAAGAUAAGGAAGAUUCUCCUGCUAGUCCACAAGCAACUGAUAUUCAGGCAUGUAUUGCCCUGAAACUGGAGGUCACUUUUCAGCUUUCAUGGUUAAUGGCUUUUGCUAGACACACAUAUAUUAUUAAAUGCCCGCAACUUCAUCUGGUGAUAGUUAAUCCAGUAAACUUGGUUAUGCAUUUUGUGAACACCAAAUUUUGCCUGACUUCAAUUUUUGUCAAUCACUUUCCCUGGUUCAGCCUAGCUUGGGGAAAGGCAAGAUUUAUUUACUUCAUCCAGCUCAUGUGGAUUUUGUUAACCUUAAAUUUCCUCAUAGUUGUGUCUUACUGAUGUGAACUAGUCGAUUAUUAAAUAUAUGGGGACUAAUCAUACUAACUAUUUAAUUAAAUAGUUUAAAUUUACAUUUAAAUAAAGUUAAAUGAAAUUUAAUGUGUCUCGGCCUCGGCCACUUUUUAGCCCUCAAUCUGAAAAAAGUUGUGUGCUAGUAAUGUUGGACUUCCUCUGAUUAAUUCUCAGCAUUCUUUAUAUUACAUGAUGCUAGUGUUUCAUACUGUUUUUCACUAACUAAAUGGGGAAAUAAACUUUGCAUCCUGAAA